GAGCAUCUCCCGGGCUGCGGGCGCUGCCAGCGCUGCCGCCUGCCCCAGCCCAGCACCGGCCCCGCCGGGCGCACUGCGGAGGGACGGGACGGGGCAGUGCGGGGGUCCCCCCGCUGGCCCCCGCCGCCAUGGGCCCCACCGGGCUCGGCAUAACUUUCCUGACUCUGCCCCUCGUCGUGCGAGCGGCCGCGGGAGGGCAGUGGUGUUACGACUCGCAGGACCCCCAGUGUGGGCCCAGCCACUGGAAGGAGCUGAAAGCCUCAUGUGGUGGCAACAAGCAGUCCCCUGUGAACAUCGACAGGCACCGGCUGCAGCGGGACAGUGGCCUCGGGGACAUCCUCUUUGAGGGCUACGACCAGGCUCCCCCUGGCAAGUGGAAGCUGACAAACAAUGGGCACACAGUGAUGCUGAGCCUGGCGAGUGAGUCGGCCUCUGAGCACAUCACCAUCAGUGGUGGGGGCCUCCCUGGCAGGUACCGCGCGCUCCAGCUCCAUUUUCACUGGGGCAGUCCAGCCGGGAAUGGCUCUGAGCACACCCUUGAUGGGCACCAGCUCCCUAUGGAGCUGCACAUCGUCCACAUGAAUGUCAAGUACCAGACACUGGCAGAGGCCAAGGGGCAUCCCAACGGGCUGGCUGUCCUCGGCUUCUUCUACCAGGUCUCUGAAACCCCUAACACCAACUACAACACCAUCGUGGUGGGGCUGAGAAACGUCUCCCAUGCUGGGGAGUCCGUGGAUUUGGCCUCCACCUUCCGUCUGAGCACACUGCUGCCGCGGGCCAGCCAGCUCUCCGGGUACUACCGCUACCAGGGCUCCCUCACCACCCCCGACUGCAGCGAGGUCGUUGUCUGGACUGUCUUCGAGGAGCCAGUGGAGAUUGGCAGGGAGCAGGUACUGGUGUGCACAGCCCCACGCUCCA